AGCCCUCAGGUACAUCUGCUUUGCAAUCUGCCCUCAUAAACAACCCCCCCCCCCUGCACACACACCAUCCAAAUCCAUGAGGGAGAAUGGGGAGGAGGGAACGCCCCUCUGAUUGGUCGCAGAUGAAGCAACAGGGAGGAGGGAGGGUUUCAAUGCGGCCUUUAAAAGAGGACAGUUGUUGAGGAGCAGCAGAACCCGCUGAGACCGACCGGAUCAUCGCCUUGAGUCCCACCCCGACCCUUCCCACACACCCACAAAAGUGCCUUGAAGCUGCUCAACAUGCCGAGAGGCUUCCUGGUCAAGAGGAGCAAGAGGCCCAACAUGGUGUCGUACCGCUCACGGUGCGAGGCGGAGGACCGGAAGCCUUUCGGAGAUGCGUGGCGAGAGGGCGUACCCGCGUCCAUUCGCAGCCGGUGGCCGCCGCCGUCGGCAUUAGUGGCGGCGCCGGAGCGCGAGAUCAAAGGCAUCCGCUUCGGCAUCCCGGAGGGGGCAUACCGGGGGCUCCGCAGCCCGACCCGGCCGACCAGUGGAGAACGGGAAGCCGAGAGGCAGCCAACUUUGGGUUUGGGCUCGCCGGUGUCGGCCGAGGCCUUCCCCACCGCCGCCGCAGCGCUCACCGCUCUGGGACACCUCUUCGACAUGGGCUCCAAUACCGCCGCCCCCAAGAGGGCCGCCGAGUCCGAGCGUAAAGUCAAAUCAGGCGCCAAGAGAGCCAAAAACAUACGGAAGCUGCACCUGCAGGACCACGUCACCAUCUCGCCCGUUCUGGGGCUGAAGAUCCGGGCCGUUCCGGCAGCAGAGCGCCGCUCCCCGGCCGUCGGUGACUUUGUGUGUCAGCUGUGCGGGGAAGCCUACGCCGACCCCCUCGGCCUGGCCCAGCACCGCUGCUCCAGAAUUGUCCGGGUGGAGUACCGCUGUCCUGAGUGUGACAAGGUGUUCAGCUGCCCUGCUAACCUAGCCUCGCAUCGCCGCUGGCACAAGCCCAAAGCGGAGCAGAGAGUGCGCCCGGAGGAUGGGCGAGCGCAUCCCGGCCCGCCGGAGUCCGGUUCCGAAGGGGAGGAGCCGCACGAGUGCGCUCAGUGCGGCAAAAAGUUCAAGCGUCACGCCUGCCUGCGUAAACACGUGGCUGCGCGGCACGCUGCCGUUGACCUGAGCGGAGCGGGGGAGGUGUUCGCCGGCGCCGAGGCGCGCCAGCGGCACCUGCGGCCGCCGCACGACCUCUGCUGCAAAACCUCGCCCGCGCUCACCCGCCACCUCACGUCAACCGGCGACCAGUUUGCCUGCCCUAUGAUUGGCCGGCGACCAGUCCAACUUCAGCUGCAGCCGCAAGCCCACUAAGGCAAUAAACUAAAAGGGGCUCUUGGUGGUUCUCAGUGCCUUUGCCCGCAGGAGGCCAUUUUGUUUUGCGUCUUUGACAGUUUGGACUCAGCCCUGUUCCUUCCCCGUCCUCGCCGCACGUGUGCUGUUAGCACGCUGAUGCUUCUUUAGCUUUAAUGAGCAUUCGCCUCUUCGGAUCAGAAGGUAGCAAAAGAAACCGACUAGCUUAGCCACUACUGCCUUUGGACUAGAAACUGCUGUAAUAUUGCCUUAUCGAUUAUCUUGAAGGUUUCUGUGUUACCACUACUCAGUAUAUUUUGCUCCUAUUUAUGUAUUUAUUGAUGUGCGUAUUUAUUCACAUAAAUGAUUACUGUGUGUGGACGAUAUGUUUACCGUGGCUUUUUAGCAAUCAACUGUGACCAGGAUGCAAUCAUGACUUCAAUUGAUUGUUUUUCUUUUUGUGAUCGGUAGCUGAUAUUAUGCCGUGAGUGUUUUGCACUAAAUGUCCGAAAAGAAUAAAAAAAAAAAAAAAGACUACAACUGUUGCUG